CCAACUAGCAGGCAUGCUGGCCGAACCGGUGCUGUAAAAUACUCAAAUACAUUGUUAAAAUUCGCCAGAAAUUCGCAAGCCAGCGAAAAUUUAGUAAUAACAAGGGUAAACAAGCGAUUCGCGCGCGCGUUGCGUUAACAAACAAGUAAGAUGUAUAUAUGAGAAGCCGCACGUCGUACACAGACACCACUUGUCACCAGGAAUAACACCAAUACAAAUACAACACGCAGCAGCAGCAGCAGCAGCAAUGGGACUCGACUUUGAUGUCGUGGAGUACUGCAAAGGUGUGAAAUCAAAACAGUCCCAGCCGCCGUUCGCCUGUCCGGUUCGCGACUGUGAUCGCAGUUAUAAAACAUUGGUCGGCCUCCAGGGCCAUCUCACCAAUUACGACCACGACAAUCCACAGCCCCUGACGCCCAUUCUCAAGCCCAAUCGAAAAAGGGCGCGCUCUUCACGCGCGCUCCACUCAACGCCCAAAGACAACGGCAGUGGCGGCGGUGGAGGAGGUGGUGGUAAUUCUGAAGGAGAAAAUGGUUGCGGCAAUGGUAGGAGCACUACGAAUCCGGAAUCUUUGGUCUCGUAUAAUGAGCAGGAGGGUACGGUUACCUUUAAUAUCGAUGGCAAGAGCGUACGAUUGGGUAUUGAUGAGCCGCUGCCACUGGUCGACGACGAGGAGUUUGCCGAGCUGGUGGAGCGUGGCUGUAUACUGAAUGCUGACGCGCCGCCACUGGAGGAGAAUGCAGCGUGGGGACAGGUGCAGGUGCCCGUUGCGAAUGUCCGUGAGAUCAAUGACUACAAUGUGCCUGAUGCGCCGCCCAGGCCCUUGGCUUACUAUCGCUUCAUUGAGAAGUCGGCCGAGGAACUGGACGGCGAGAUAGAAUACGAUGUGGACGAAGAGGAUACCGCUUGGCUGGAGCAUAUGAACGAGCUGCGCGCCAAGCAAAAUCUCAAUGCUGUUAGCAUUGAUACCAUGGAGUUGCUGAUGGACCGCCUCGAAAAGGAAUCUCACUUCCAGGCAGCCGCAAAUGGCACGCCCACUGGCGUUGAGGUGGAUGACGAUGCUGUGUGCUGCAUUUGCUUAGAUGGCGAGUGCCAGAACACCAACGUGAUACUCUUCUGCGACAUGUGCAACCUGGCUGUGCAUCAGGAUUGCUACGGUGUGCCCUACAUACCCGAAGGCCAAUGGCUGUGCCGUCGUUGCCUUCAAUCGCCCAGCAAGGCGGUCAACUGUGUGCUCUGUCCGAAUGCGGGCGGAGCAUUCAAGCAAACGGAUCACGGCCAGUGGGCGCACGUGGUAUGUGCAUUGUGGAUACCAGAGGUGCGCUUCGCCAAUACCGUGUUCCUGGAGCCAAUUGAUUCUAUUGAGACCAUACCGGCUGCUCGGUGGCGCCUCACCUGCUAUGUGUGCAAAGAGAAGGGUCUGGGCGCUUGCAUACAGUGCCAUCGCAACAGCUGCUAUGCCGCCUUUCAUGUCACCUGCGCCCAGCAGGCGGGCCUCUAUAUGACCAUGGACACGGUCAAGGAUGGCCACAACGAUAGCUCGGUGCAUGUGCAGAAGUUUGCCUACUGCCACGCCCAUACCCCCGCCGACGCAAAGCUAAAGACAAAUGUGCCCGACUUUGAGGAUACGCGUCUAAAGAUGCGCGAGGCGCGCAAAGCGCUGGCCAAGAAGCGUUCAACGGCGCCCGUGGUGCUAAUACCGACAAUACCGCCGGAUCGUGUUCACGAGAUCGCGGGCAUGGUGCACAUGCAGAAGAAGAAGGAAUUCCUUGAUCGCAUCAUUGCCUACUGGACGUUAAAGCGUCAUUAUCGCAACGGAGUGCCGCUGCUGCGCCGGCUGCAGAGUCAGGGCAACAAUCAUGGGGUGAUUCAGCGCAACGGCAUCGAAGGCUCGCCGGACACGAAGGAACUGUACCGGCAGCUCAAGUACUGGCAGUGCUUGCGUCAAGAUCUGGAGCGAGCGCGUCUGCUCUGUGAGCUGGUGCGUAAGCGUGAGAAGCUCAAGGUGGCAUUUGUAAAAAUCUCCGAGGAGGUUGUAAUGCUGCAACUGAAUCCGCUUGAAUCGGCGCUCAGCAAGCUGCUGGAUGCGCUGGAAACGCGCGACACCAUGGAGAUAUUCCGAGAGCCCGUGAACACCAACGAGGUGCCCGACUAUAUGGACAUAGUCAAGCAGCCCAUGGAUUUGGGCACCAUGCGCGCGAAGCUCAAGGAUUGCCGUUACACGAAACUCGAACAGCUGGAGGCAGACUUCGAUCUGAUGAUACAGAAUUGUCUGGCGUACAACAACAAGGAUACAGUGUUCUAUAGAGCUGGCAUUCGGAUGAGAGAUCAAGCAGCGCCGCUCUUCGUGCAGGUGCGCAAGGAAUUGCAGCGGGAUGGUCUGCUGGAGCGUGGACAACGCAUCCAUGUGGACCACGUGGAGGGAGAGGUGGAGCAGGAACUAAGACAACUGCUGUCGGCGCCGCCCAGCGAGGAUGUGGUGCAAAAGCUGCUCAUACUGGCCGACAAGUCACAGGUGCUCAAGAAUCCCAGCUACCGGACGAAGAAGAUCAAGCAAAUCCGCCUGGAAAUCAAUCGAAUGCGCAAAACCCUGCAAAAGGCGCGCUUUGCAGCGCGCUAUGCAUCGCACGCAAACUCACAAAGCGACGACGACAACGAAGAGACGCGAGUGAAGCCCUCGAAGAAACGAAUGCGCAAACGUCUUAAUAGCAGCGCCAUGGAUUUAGAUGAGUCGCAGGAUGUGCCGCAGAGCCAGCAACAUGAUGAAGAUGAGGACGACGAGGAUGACUCGGAUGACGAUUCGAUGGCGGACGAUAAUGUCAGCAAAGACACUGGUCAUAUGGUUCAAACGCCGCCCUGCAGUCCUGUCAAGAGUCUCAACAACAGCAGCUCACCCGUGGGCAUUAAUCGAAGAACGGCCAUUUUACUGACCCGCAAGUCGCAGGCGGCACUCAAGAGACCAUCGGAGCCACUGACGACGCCUGUCAAGGAGGAGCACCACAAUUCGCAGUCAUUGAGCACGCAGUCGACGAGCGCCAGUUCGAGUGCGACGACAACCGCAGCCACCGCCGCCUCCAGCGCAAUGAAUGCUUCGCUGCAUGCAGCGACUGCGACGCCGACAGCCAUGAGCAGCUUUGCAUUGACGCCGCACAACAGCACAGCGAGUGCAGUUGGCAUGGGCGUGGCAGGCGCCAGCCUCACCUCCGCAGCGCUGUCCAUGAGCAACAAGCUGAACCUGAGCCUGGGUGCAGGCUUGGGCAUGUCCAAGUCGCCUAAGCGGCCACCCCGUUUUCGACGUUUGCCAUCGACGUCACCAAAGAAGUCACCGAACCCAGCGGCAGCAGCAGCAGCAGCGGCGGCGGCAGCAGCAACGACGAUGACGACGCCGACCACGGUUCAGUCCAUACCUGCCUUAGCGUCGGCGGAUCCGGCGCUGCCAUUCGAGCGCAUUCCAGACAGCUUUCGGGUGUACCGAGCUAACAAUCAGCGGGAUGUUAGCGAGAGCGACGAUGCGCCCUCCCAGUCGAGCAGUCCGUGCAGCAGUUGCUCGGACUUCAGCAUGUCGGGCAGCUGCUCGGACUUCGAUAGCGAUGAGGCCAGCGAUGGCGAUGCGCACAGCGACGACGGCGAUUCGGAUAGCACGAAGGCGCAUGCGAUGCGCGACGAUUCGCAGGAGGACUGCACCACAGAUGCCAUGGAUUUGCAGCACGCGAGCUUGAAUAAUACGCAGGGCAAUGGCAACAUGGCGAUCAGUAGCAGCGACAGCAGCUCCGACAGCGACGAUGACGACGACGAUGAUGAGGAGGAGGACGAUGACGAGGAGGAUGAGGAGGAGCAGCAACAGCGCCAGCUGGAUGCGAAAAAUGCGCGAGUUACGCGCAGCACGCCCACGCCAUUGCAAGGGCGUGGCGGUGCCAUGGCAGCCGCCCGUGGGCGUGGCAAGCGGCGCAACAAUCUAAGUGAAUCGACWAGCUCAACGGCAACGCCGCCGCCGCUGUUGCGCAAGGCGGGCAAACUGCGAUCAGCCACGCCCAAUGCGUCGCCUUUAGUGAACAGCAUAAAGUCGCGUAGAAGCACCACCACAGCAGCCACCGUGACGAACAACAACAAGGCCAGCAAAGCGCACCACGAACUGGAGGAGACGGCGACCGAAGUGCAUGUGCGGCACAACAAUAGCAACCAGAAGGCAGCGCUGGAGCCACUGCAACUGGUGUGGGCCAAAUGCCGUGGCUAUCCGUGGUAUCCCGCACUGAUCCUAGAUCCCAAAACGCCGAAGGGAUUCGUCUACAAUGGCGUGCCACUGCCGGCCCCACCAACGGAUGUGCUGGCCCUGCGCAAGAAUUGUCUGGACGAUGUUGUCUUUCUGGUGCUCUUCUUCGACGUGAAACGGACGUGGCAAUGGCUGCCCGCCAAUAAGCUGGACAUCCUGGGCAUCGACAAGCAGCUGGACCAGCAAAAGCUGGUGGAGUCCCGCAAGCCAGCGGAGCGCAAGGCCGUGAAGAAGGCGUAUCAAGAUGCGUUGCUCUAUCAGAGUCAGGUUUCCGAUCUAGAGGGCCAGGGUCCGGAUCCCAUUAUGUGAAAACUGUUUGCCCAACUGCAUUUAAGAUGUUAAAUGCGAACGUGCUCCCGCCUUACUUGCUCCAAUCCGUGUAUAGCCCAUUAUGUAGAAAGAUUACUCGAAAAUUGUUCAGUCCGGCUAAGGAGUUCUCGCAAAUCGUUUAGCCCGGGAGCUGCCGCUUGUAUUGUUAAAAAGAGAUGAGAGAUAAGAGAAGGCCCUCCAUUAGAGUAUUUCGUUCGAUAUUUUCUUAACUUUUUGCAACUUUAUCCAAUUUCUUUGCACUGCAAGUGUUUUUGUUUUUUAUUUGUUUUUAUUAAAGAACAUGAAGAGAAGAUUCAAUUCUUAGUUCAAUUUUAUUGUAAAAUAUAUUUCCAAAUUUGAAUCCUUUGCAAGAUCAACAACCACAACAAAAUGGAAUUUAUAACCUCAACACGUUUCACGGAAAAUCAAAUCAAUGUUUAAGUUAAAUAGUUUUAAGCAUAAAA